AUGUCUUCUUCAUCUCUAAAAACCAGAGACUCUGCCGAAACUUCUGGUGAACAUAUCUCUCACUCCGCGAGAGUUCUUCUCUCUUUGUUAGAGGCGGAAAUCUUGGUAGGCAAAGAGGAAGAUGACACAAUGACUACAUUUCUCAAGGGGGUCGAGACACAAAAAAAUGUUAAAUUGGCAUUGUCCGAAAUUAAAGAAGGCUGCUCUGAUAGAAUCCUGCUUAUCCAAAGUGAGGAUGCCAAAACUGUUAGUGAAACUCUCAAAAAGAUCUUGGAAAGUUUCACUGGCGAUGAUGAGGUAAUGUUAAAAUUGUUACAACAGGAACAUAAAUUCCAUUUUCUGAAAAUUCUUUUACCCUCACCAACUGAACUGGAUUUCGAAAAUGUCACGAACAAAAAUCAAGUUACUACAACUAGAUUGCUUUUUUCGAAUUCAGCAAUCUCGGCAAUAAUUGGAAAGAAUGGUGCGGUUAUCAAAAAACUUAUGCAUGAAAAUGACCUCAGGAUACUCGCCUCGAAGCAUUAUUUACCAGAUAGUGAAGAUCGUGUACUAGAACUCCAAGGGUUACCAUCCGCCAUAGGAAAUGCUUGGUUACAGAUUUCCCAGUUAAAUAUGGAACCGAGGUCGGAAAACCCUUUUUCGGAAAGAAAGUAUUCUCCGCAUCUUGCUAAAGCCCUAAGAGGAUCCGCUGAUAGAGCAGCGGAGUUUAGAUCUACUGUUAUGAUUCCGGAAGAAUUCGUCGGAGCCCUUGUCGGCAGAGGUGGUAAUAGAAUUGCAAAUUUAAGAAAGUAUACAAAAACCAAGAUAUUGAUAGAAAGCCAAGACAGUGCAAAGGAGACGUCUUCUCAAAAAAGAACUUUUGUCAUUGUGGGAAAUUUGGAAAGAAAUGUCCAGAUCGCUGAAAAAAUGCUAUUUAGCAAUCUGGAAACUGAAAGGGGAAGACGUAAAGCUGAUUCUUAUGGAAAGCCACCGGAAAAUAGCAGUUGA